AUGACACAUACCAACCCCAUAAAGCGCUCAGCUCUACUGCUUGCUGCAAGCACCUUUGUUGGAGGAUGCCUCUGUGCCUCAGCUUCCUCAACCGCCUGUGCCGGAAACACACCAGCAACCCGUGACCAAUGGUGUGACUUUGACAUCCAAAGUGACUACUACACGGAGGCCCCGGACACCGGGGUUCUCCGAGAGUAUUGGUUGGUUCUUGGCAAUACCACGGCUGCUCCUGAUGGCGUCCCUCGCAAUGUGUUGACCGUUAAUGGCACAUCACCAGGACCUACCCUGCACGCUAACUGGGGAGACUGGGUGCGUAUCCAUGUUUACAAUGAACUGGAGAAAAACGGUACCAGUAUUCAUUGGCACGGAGUUCGUCAGAACCAUACCAAUCCCCAAGAUGGCACCAAUUCUAUCACACAGUGCCCUGUGCCUCCCGGUGGUUCUAUCACCUACGAAUGGCGGGCCACUCAAUACGGCACUACUUACUACUACUCGCACUUUGCUUUGCAAGCAUGGGAGGGUAUCUAUGGUGGAAUCGUCAUCAAUGGCCCUGCGAGUGCAAAUUAUGAUGUGGAUGCUGGAAUACUUUAUCUCAGUGACUGGUCCCAUCCCACCUCCGACGCUCUAUACUCCACCGCAGAGACCGAUGGAGAGCCAACCUUAGCAACCGGACUAAUAAACGCCACCAACAUCUGGGUCACGGAGAAUAACGAGACCACCGGCUCUCGCUUCAACAUGAAUGUGACGUCCGGUCAAAGCUACCGCCUUCGUCUGCUUAAUGGGGGAAUGAGCAAUCCUCUCCGUUUCAUGAUCGAUGACCACACUCUCACUGUCGUUUCUACCGACUUCGUGCCCAUUGAGCCCUUUAACACGACCUCGCUCUUGGUUGGGGUUGGACAACGAUAUGAUGUUAUCGUUCACGCAAACAAGCAAAUGCAGGGCUCUAACUUCUGGAUGCGCUUGAAAACUCCAACCACAACUGCAUUCGAUUACACAGACAGUUGUGAGGAUGAGUCCAUGUCCAACCUUGUUCCAAUGGUUGCCAUUGAUGCCGCAGGAGUCAGUUUCAGUAGCCACAAUGAGGUCCAGGUUAUCAAGAACACUGCCGGCUUAUAUAAGUGGUACAUGGGCCCAACAACCUUCGUGGCCGAGUGGGACAACCCUACUCUUCUACAGAUUGAGAAUGGAGAAACUUCCUGGACCAAUGCCUCCUAUGUUGUCCAAGUUGAAGGCAAUGGCAAGUGGGUGGUCAUCGACAUCGAAAUGACGAUCAAUGUCCCUCAUCCCAUCCAUCUGCACGGACAUGACUUCUUCAUUCUCGCCCAAGAUACAGGAAGCUACACGUCGAAUACCACCUUGAACACCGUCAAUCCACCCCGUCGAGAUAUCGCUAUCCUUCCCGCUCUCGGAUACCUUGUCAUCGCUUUCAAGACCGACAACCCCGGCGCCUGGCUUCUGCACUGCCAUAUUGGAUGGCACCAGUCUGAAGGGUUUGCCAUGCAGUUUGUGGAGUGUAUCGAUCAGCUGAAGCCCAUGAUUGACGGCGAGUCUCUCGAGAAGAACUGUGCCGCUUGGGAAAGGUAUGCAGCCCAGAAGGAUAUUGUUGAAGACGACUCAGGUGUCUAGCUGAGGAGGGCUUCCAAUGUGGGCUAGGAGUGCGUUCGUUUCCAUGAGCAGAACCAAUCUGUGCCAGUGGCAGAAAUUGGACACACCACUUGACCGUCUUCGCGCAUGGGUGAUAUAAAUGUCUUAUCUCCCUUCAAGCUGGAUUUAAUCUAACUCUGCC